UUUACGGACCAUUUGUUUUUGUACGGCUGAUGAAAAUGUUGGCGUUGAUUUUACUGCUCAUUUGUGGCCAUAAAACCUGGGCUUCAACGCCCCAGGAACGGAUCGUGGGUGGAGUGGAGCUGCCCAUUCAUCUAACACCAUGGCUGGCCUCGAUCAUGGUGCAUGGCAACUAUAGCUGCAGUUCGGCAUUGAUUACGUCUCAGUGGCUGGUCACGGCUGGACAUUGUGUCCACUAUCCAGGCAGCUACUCCGUUCGUGCAGGAUCCACUUUCACUGAUGAGGGUGGUCAGGAAAGAGACGUAGAGAGUGUUAUCCUCCAUCCAGAUUUUAAUCUACGGACUCUGGAGAACGACAUCGCCCUGUUGAAGAUAGGUAAAUCCUUCACUUUGGGAGAAAAUAUUCAGGUGGUGAAGCUGCCUCUGCCGGGUCUUAAUAUACUUCCAAGAACCCUCUUGGUUGCCGGUUGGGGCACUCCAAAUGCCAAUGACAGUGAAUCGGAGCCCAGACUACGUGGCACCAUGGUGGAAGUUAUUGAUCAGAGACGUUGCCAGCGACUGUAUUCGCAUCUGCACCGUCCCAUUACGGAUGAUAUGGUGUGUGCAGCGGCAGCUGGACGAGAUCACUGCUACGGGGACUCUGGGGCUCCAUUGGUUCACCGCGGCAGUAGCUAUGGGAUCGUUUCCUUUGCUCAUGGCUGUGCUGACCCACAUUUUCCAGGGGUGUACACUAGACUAGCCAACUAUGUAACCUGGAUCUUCAACGUCCUGGAAAGUGAUAGCAAAAAUUAAAGAAUAUUAUAUACAAGGUUGUUGGGCUUUUAUUUAUUUUUUUCUCAUUGUACAACUCGUUGCUCGGAAAGCAGUUCUUCCUGCAUCUGCUGGAUGCUCAUCGCUCCUGGAAUACCCGAUGCAUUAUACAAUCCGCCAGCGUUUUCCCAGCCAUCUGAGAGAAGCCGCUCUUUCUCGUGCCCAACCAAGGCGAUAAACUUGCAACCGCCGCUCGACGGCAAAUUUGUGUAAAUUAUGUAUUUGUGCAUUUUGAUUUCAUUUAAACGAAGUUUCCUGAUGGCCCCUGGCGCAUGUCAAAUAUCAAAACCGAAACCAGCCUGCCAGCUAGCUGGCCACUUGCGCAACAGCCACAGCAUCCAGCAAUCCAUAUUAAUAUCCAGCCCCAUCCCGAUUCCAUAUCCAUAUCUCCAUCCCCAUCCCCAGCUCCAUCCUCAUCCUCAUCCCCAUUCCAAUCCCAAUCCCAGCUGGCCAAAAUAUCACUGCCAUAUGCGGUGGGCGUGCUCCGUUAAUGCUGCACUCUGGCGGCCCCCGGAAUUAACAUAAUCGUGCUGCCGUUGCUGCUGGGAUCGGGAUCGGGUUUGCUGGUGAUUCGGAUGCGGAUUGGUAUUGGGAUUGUCUGUGCCUGUGCCGUGGCCCGGUGUAUCCGACAUGAGUGUGAUGCCCCAACAAAGUGUUGAAUGCCGGCGCUGGCUGUCAAGUGGAGGCCCCCGGGCAUUGGCACACUCAGUCGCCACCCGCUUAGUUGUGCAAUGGGAGCAUCAAAAGUGGUCUGACUUUUACAUGGAUUUUCUUCGCUUCUUUUUUUUUUAGUUAAAAUAAAAUUUUAAUAAUAUGAAAAUAUGCUUAAAAUUUGCAGUUUUGCAAGUGUAUAUGUGAUUUUUGGGGGUGUGUGUGUGUGUCUUCAUAUAUAUAAAAGGUUAUCAGCGUUGUGGGGGUGUAUACGCUUGCUAGUCAGGCAUGUAAAUCUCUUAAGCAUAAUUUCACACCGAAUCGGCUUUCUUUUAUAUAUAUAUAUAUGUAUAUUUUGUUUAUCAUUAAGUUACGCUUAUACAAUUCGUUACGUAUUCUAGCCUAAAUGUAUACCAUCGUUUUGUUUUUGUUUUUGCUUUGUUUUAGUUUUCGAUUUGCUCUUGUAAUCUUGUUCUUUGUAUAUGUGUUCAAAGGUUUUUGUAAAUUUUAAACUAAUUGCUAUAAAAAUGUUCAACAGCAAACUCGCGUAUGCAUUGGUGACUUGAAGGUGGACCAAAAGCGAAUGCACAAACAAAUCAACU